AUGCAGAAUUCAAACCAAAACACAGACGUGGAACAACAACCACCACCCACCAACAACGAACAAGCCAUACACAAAGGAAGAAAAGCCCUAAAAAACCACCUCCUCGCCGCAUCAAGCGAGUUCGUAGGGACCGUGUUAUUCCUCUGGUUCGCCUUCGCAGGGACGCAAGUGGCCGCGAUGACCAGCGACAGCGACGCCAUCAACCCGCAGAGCCUACUCUACAUCUCCCUGAGCUUCGGCAUGUCCCUCCUUGUGGUGGCCUGGGCCUUCUACCGGAUCUCCGGCGGGCUGUUCAAUCCAGCUGUAACCCUCGGCCUCUCACUGGCAGGCACAAUGCCCUGGCUCCGCUGCGCCUUCCUCCUCCCCGUGCAGAUCCUAGGCGGCAUCGUCGCCGCCGCCCUGGUGUCCUGCAUGUUCCCCGGGCCCAUCACCGCCGUGCAGACGCGGCUGAACGCCGACACCUCCAUCACGCAGGGCCUCUUCAUCGAGAUGUUUCUGACGGCGCUGCUGAUCGUGACGAUCCUGAUGCUGGCGGCCGAGAAGCAUAAUGCUACGUUCCUGGCGCCGGUAGGGAUUGGGUUAGCGCUGUUUGUGGCGGAAAUGGUUGGUGAUGUAGGAGUGUUUUUCACCGGCGGCUCCCUGAACCCGGCCCGAUCAUUCGGCCCCGACGUCGCGGCCGCCAGCUUCCCGGGAUACCACUACAUCUACUGGAUCGGGCCGCUGAUGGGCGCGCUCCUGGCGGCCGGGUACUAUCGUUUCGCGAAGGCGUUCAACUACCCCGAGGCGAAUCCGGGCCAGGAUGCGACGGAUCCGAAGGAGCAGGAGCAGUGAGCAGUCCUGAAGAUGUUUGGCUUUGCUGAUGCGAUCUUGUCGUGCGCGAGACUGGUAUUAUUUUCAAGUCUGGGAAGGGCUUCCACGAAGGCUUGCGG